GUCUUAUCCAUGGUCUCUCUCAAUUACACACUAAGAUAAGAGGAAUCGCAUUUCCCCCUUUCUAGCUAGCUAGCUAUGGCUACCGGAGCUUCAAUGGCUACAUCAGCCACACUUCCGUCCACCGCCAAAUCCUUUCUCCAUUCAUCGUCUCCGUCGCCGUUGCCGUCGCGCGUAACCCUCCGAUUUCAUUUCUCCCAACACUCCUCUCUUCGUUGCUCCUCAUCUUCAUUCAUAUCCCCUUUAUUCCUCCCAUCUUUACCAGCAAAACCCAGAAGAAAUCAGAGGUCAUCAACUUCAAUCGUUAUGUCUAUGGAGGCAGGAAUCGGCGUAAUGGGGACCAAGUUGGGAAUGAUGAGUUUCUUUGAGGAGAAUGGCACCGUCGUGCCGGUAACGGUUGUGGGUUUUAGAGAAGGAAACAUUGUGACUCAAGUAAAGACGGAGGCUACGGACGGAUAUAGUGCUGUUCAGGUCGGUUACAGACGGGUACGAGAUAGGAAAUUGACGAAACCGGAAAUGGGUCAUCUUGAGAAGUCGGGUAUAAUUCCGUUGAGACAUUUACAGGAGUUUAAGCUUCAGUCUGUUGAUGGGUUUGAGACUAAUCAGAAGCUGGAUUUUGAAGAGCUGUUUAAGGAAGGUGAUUUGGUUGAUGUGGCUGGUAACACCAUUGGCAAAGGAUUUCAAGGUGGAAUAAAAAGGCAUCAUUUCAAAAGAGGUUUAAUGACACACGGAUCGAAAAGUCAUAGACAGCUCGGUUCGAUAGGAGCUGGGACAACACCAGGAAGAGUUUACAAAGGAAAGAAAAUGCCUGGAAGAAUGGGAGGAACAAAGAGAAAAAUAAGAAAGUUGAAGAUUGUUAAGAUCGAUAAGGAUCUUAGAGUUGUCAUGAUCAAAGGUGCCCUACCUGGUAAACCUGGAAAUCUUCUACGAAUAACGCCUGCCAAGAUCGUAGGACUCAACAUCCCUAAAAACUAAGACAUUAUUGUUUCUAAUUUUCUCCAAUCUUUUUUUUGAGCUAAACCAAUGUUGUUGGUGUUGUGUUGAUUAGCCUUUUGGUUGGUUUAAGAAUUGCAUGUUACAAGUAUUAAAGUGAUUAUUGUUUAGUCUAAUAUGCCAUUUUCUUUUUCUA